AGAACAGAACAUUUCUUUGUGAUGGCGACUUUCCAAGCAAAGCUCCCAUGUGUGCGGUCGCACAUUUGGCAAAGGAGGAGUUUUUGCAUUGUCGCUUCGAGUGCCCUUUGCUGGAUUCUUGCCCGUUGGGAAUGCUUUCUGAUGAAUGGAUCACUUUCUCUGAGGAGAUCUUGCGCUCCUGCGGCUUUAGCUGUCGGAGUUUCUGACUCCGCUGUUCCGUUUGAUGAAGAGGCUCCAAGAGUUGAGGUGGCUGAAGAAGAUAUUGAUACUCAAGACCUUCCCGUUCUCAGAAGGUCUGCGUUAAAACUGAAGCGCGUUGAGAAGCCGGAGACGGUGGAUAUUGAUGCAGUUACUGCCCUAGUGCGGGAAGAAUUGGGAACCACAGUCUUCCAGGCUUCACCAGAGGAAGCGGAUACUUGUCCGGACUUUUGGGAGAGCCAGCUUUCUUGCAACACACAAAGCAUCACAAAGCGGUUUUUUUCACAUCAGCACAGUCCUUUCUUUCUUCUUGCUUUGGCAAAGGGUGAUGAACUCGGCUUGCAGUCGGCAGCUGCUAUGCUUCAACAGUGGGCUUUGAAGAAGGAGAAGCCAGAUAUACGCAGAGAGGUGUUAGUCGAGGCAAUUGAGACGGCCUUGAUCAAUGAUGUCCCCGCUCCGGAGACUCUCACAUCGAUAAUGUGGUCAUGUGGCCGGCUAAAAGUCGACCAUAUCUCAAGCCUUUUGGUCCAUUUGCGAGAUCGAUUGCCCCAGGUAGUGCACCAGAUGAACGCCCAGAAUUUAACCACAUUCUGGUGUUCAGCAGCAAAAAUUCAGGAGUUUGCCGAAGAGGUUGAUGAUAUGAUUCCCAACCUCAUUGAUGCUGUCUUGGAGAAGGCACGCGAUUUGCAGCCAAAGCAAAUAUCUGCCUUUGUUUGGGCAUCUGGAAAGUUAGACCUUCAUCCAACGGAGGUUCAGCAAAUCAGAGACAAUAUACCGGGCCUGCUUUCCGAGCAUGAUAUGCUGCAGCUGGCAUCGAAGGACCUUGCAAAUUUCGCAUUCGGCCUUGCGCAGUUGGACUUCAGGGAUGCAGGCGUGCUGGGCAAAAUCGCGAAGACGACCAUUGCAACGGCAAAGAAUUGUAAGGUCAAGACUGCGCUCGCAGACUUGCCGAUGAUUGUCGUGUCAUUGACCCGGCUUGGCUACAAGGAUGUUGAAAUGAGCAAGCUCUUGGAUGCUGUUGCAGACAGGCUUCAGCGACCACGAAUGCUGAAAAAGAUGCCAGAUUGGAGUUUGGCUGCCCUAUUCUGGUCUUGGCCAAAAGAUGGGUCUAUGCAGGGAGUCCGAGACAUGCAAGGUCUUCUUGCAGCUGAGGUAGACAAGCGCAUUGGGAAGAAGCUUUUCAAUGUCAGGAUGUUGGAAAGGAGCUGGAUGGGCCCGAGUGAGUGGAAAGAGACCCGCGCGAACCGCAAGAAAGCCGCCUAGGAAGUGGUGAAAAGACAGCAGCGCCAUCAGGUUUUCAACUCUUUUUUAGCUUAGCUUGCUGGUCUUUUUAGGAACGAGGUUGCCAAAUGACAG